AUGUUCAGGAAGCUGGUAUUGUUCAUCGGGAAAAGAGGUGAUGACGAUAUUGAACGAAAUUCGGAUAAUUAUAUCGACGAUUCUUUUCUGAACACACGGGAAGGAGCAACAGAUGGAAUGAAUAUCACUGAUUCAGCAAACAGCAGAUCUCGUUCGAACUUUUGGGUGGACGAUACGGGCUCACUGUUUUAUUGGUGGACAAUGAUUGUCUCGUUAGCUUGCCUUUAUAAUCUCAUUAUGAUCGUCAUUAUGGUAUUUGAAGCAAUGCAUGAAUUACAUUACAUUGAAUGGUUUAUUGGCAAUGGCAUUACUGACUUUGUCGAUAUUAUCGACAUAUUUAUCCAGUCAAGAAGAUCAUUUCUCGAGAACGGUGUUCGAAUCACAAAUCGAACUGCAACGCUGAGAAAUUAUCGCAAAAGACUCAUAUUCCUUGCCGACUUCAUCGCCAUUUUACCGACUGAUCUCAUAUUACUGAUUCGAAAUGAUCUGACAAUAGUGCGGGUGAAUCGUCUCUUGAAGGUGCACCGCAUUUUCGAAUUCGUCGAUCUCACACAAAUUCGUACAACAUUUCCCAGUGUAUUCCGCGUCUUUAAAUUAGCAAUUACUUGCUUCAUUCUAUUUCACUGGAACGGAUGCCUGUAUUUUCUGUUAAGUAUCUAUUACGAUUACCAUUCCGCCCAAAUCGAGGACUGGAUAUUUUCGUAUGAUAAAAUCGUCGACCCAAUACUCACAACUUGUGCGUCAUAUCAACAAGACAGUAACUGCAGUUUCAAUGAAACGAACAGGAAUGCGAUUAAUCGUGACGAAUAUUUGAAUGAUUUGAUACACUAUUGGCAGAACAGAGAAGUACCAUCACAGUUACAAACGAGAAUCAUUGACUGGUUUGCUUAUACAUGGGCUGAGGGACAAGCUAAGGUCGACGAAAAGGCAAUCGCGAAAUUUAUACCUGGGAAAUUAUACAGGCAAAUGGCUGUCUUUAUUCAUAUGGAAAAUCUGCGAAGGAUUAAAUUGUUCGAGGAUUGCGAUCCAGGUCUUUUACAUGAACUCAUUUUGAUGCUUCAACUUCGAGUGUAUAACCCCGGUGAUUAUGUUUGCAAGAAAGGCGAUAUUGGGAAGGGUUUGCAAAAUCCUGACCAUUUUCUCAGUCCCGGGUCGGAUUUUGAUCCCGAAUCGUUUUUCUAUCUCGCAGCGAUCCCGGGGUUGGGAAGCAACAAAAAUGGGAAUCGUCGUACAGCAGCCAUUCGAUCAGUUGGUUUCUCUGAUCUAUACGUUUUAAGUAAAGAAGGCUUAUGGGAAGCGCUUGAGGAAUAUCCAGAGGCAAAGCUGUCGUUAUUUGAGAAAGGCAGGAAACUACUCGAAAAAGAUAAUCUCCUGGUUGACAUGGAUGAAGAUGAUCAAUUUGACAGCCACGCUAACCUUGAAGACCGAUUACUAAUGAUGAUUAAAGGCGUUCAAACAAUUGAUGAUCAACUGAGCGCAUUCUACGAAGAUUUCAUAGUGAGUAUUGUAUGA